AUGCUGGAUGGAACACUUCACCAUACAGAAGUCAUUGUGACUGAUGGUGUGACAGUUGGACAGCCUUGCUGUGCCAUUGCACAGUGCAAAAAUGCUCUUGAGAGCAAUUGUCAUCGUUUCUGCUCAGCAGACCAUCACCACCUUGAGACAGUCUGUGCUGUGGAGGGCUGUAGUGAGCCAGUGAUGCUGGUUGGUGCUGAUGGGAAGAUGCACAAAUCUUGCCAGGAUCUGGUGCAUCUUUGA